UGAGAAAAUAGGAGCUUUCUAGACUUGCUCAGAAGGAGGUGAUGCUGGGCUCGCUUUCCCUCCGGCCUGAUCCUUGGAUCGCUAGGUGGAGGUAGAGGAGGUGUUGAUGGAGGCAGAACUUCCUGUCUGUCUCACUGCAGCUCAGCGCAUUGAGAGAUAGCAGCGCACGGAGCGCGCUGCGCAUCCAUUCAUUCAGACCUUGGCUGGAGGAUCAGCAGCAAACGCAGGAAACGCGCGGAGAGAAACGGCAGCUGCGCUUUGGGGACGGUUUUUAUCCCUCAACUACAAAAUCACGCCAACAAGGAUUUCUUUUAAUCUCUACACACUUCGUUUAUUCCAGUUCGUGCUUUUUAUUUCAUUUUUACUAAAACUCACCUAAACUUGGGUGAAAACGAGUUUCUGUUAAUUGCGCGGAUGCGUCGAGCGCGCAGCACGUUUCCAGCUUCCAGGGGUGUAGCCGCGGUGUCCACCGUGCGUCUUUACGCUGCUUCAGCCUCCAUGUGACUGAGUGAUAGCGUGCGUGCUUGCGAGUGAGUGUGUGGCGUGCGUGGCAAAGAGAGGAGGGGGAUCAGCAGGAGUAAUCAGAAGGAUGCUGGAGGGCAAUGCCUGCAGAACGAGAGGAUGAGAUUUGUCGAAAGGCGCUGGAACUGCUCUCCGACCUGUGCUCCAAGGGAGAGGUGCAGGACGACCACUGCCUGGACUUCAUCUACUACUUCAGGGACCUGGCCAGACCGCGCUACACGGACUCAGAUGUGUCGGUGAGUCUGCUGUCCCUGUUGGUGACCACCUGUGGUCUGGCGCUCUUCAGCGUCUCCCUGUUUGUCUCAUGGAAGCUCUGCUGGCUGCCGCUGACUGGUCGCUUCCUCCCAGAUGUCCUCAAGGGGGCACACUUCCUGGGGGGAGACCAACAACCUGUCCUCACAGAGGUGGACGGGGAGGAAAGGGAGUACAGCGAGGAUGGCUGUGUAAAGGAGCCUCCAGGCCCUCCAUCAGCUGUGGCUGUUCCAGAGUCAGCUCUCAAGAUAAGCCACACGUCUCCGGACAUCCCACUGGAGACCCAGACUAAAGUGGAGAAAAACCAGGUUCACACUCUGGCCAGGGACCGGGUUCAGAGGCAGAUCACUGAGCCUACAUCAUCCGUGCGGCACAACUCCAUCCGUCGUCAGCUGAACUUGUCCAAUCCGGACUUCAACCCUGCCCAGUUCCAGCGUCAGGACUCUCUGUCCGGUUUGGGCCGGAUCAAACCAGAACUGUACAAGCAGCGGUCUGUGGAUGCAGAGGACGGCCGUACGACGGACAGCUGUGGGCGUCUCCACUUUAUCCUAAAAUUUGACUUUGAUCUGGAGCAGCUGAUCGUGAAGAUCCACAAGGCCCAGGACCUGCCCGCCAAGGACUUCUCAGGGACUUCCGACCCGUAUGUGAAGAUCUACCUGCUGCCCGACCGCAAAACCAAGCACCAGACCAAGGUGCACCGCAAAACUCUCAACCCGGUGUUUGAUGAGGUGUUCCUCUUUCCGGUGGAGUACGCCGAGCUGUCCAACCGUAAACUUCACUUCAGCGUCUAUGACUUUGACAGGUUCUCUCGCCACGAUUUGAUAGGCCAAGUGGUGGUGGACAACUUCCUGGACCUGGCUGACUUUCCACGGGAGACCAGACUGUGUCGGGACAUCCAAUACGUUACCUCGGACAACGUGGAUCUGGGCGAGCUCAUGUUCUCGUUGUGUUAUCUCCCCACUGCCGGCAGACUCACCAUCACUAUGAUCAAAGCUCGAAACCUCAAAGCCAUGGACAUCACCGGAGCCUCAGAUCCGUACGUGAAAGUGUCUCUUAUGUGCGAGGGAAGACGGCUGAAGAAGAGAAAGACUUCAACCAAGCGAAACACCCUCAACCCGGUGUACAACGAAGCCAUCGUGUUCGACGUUCCUCCUGAGAACAUAGAUCAGAUCAGCCUGCUCAUAGCGGCCAUGGACUACGAUCGGGUCGGACACAACGAGGUGAUCGGGGUGUGCAGGGUGGGCAGCGAGGCUGAGAGUCUGGGUCGAGACCACUGGAGCGAGAUGCUGACGUAUCCACGGAAACCCAUCGCACACUGGCACCCGCUGGUAGAGUGGGUGGGACAGGGAGCGACAGUGACAGGAAUCCAAGGAGGAUCCACCAAUUCCCUGAAGACACCGCCGUCACCUUGAUCACAGGCGCCAGCGCUCUCACGUGGAGACGCCAGACGACGGGCCUCAGGGUAGUGACAUGCUGGGUGGUAAAUCACCCGAUCCAGAUGUGAAACUAACAUCAGCUGGAGGUCGUCGUUGGAUUAAAGCAGAUUUUAGCUUGUUGAGCUGCUGAGAAUCUACUCCUACAUCCUUUUGUGUCUUUGCAACUAAAAUCCGAGUCAACAUUCCAGUCGAACACCACAAUGGUCUUAUCUGUGAGAUUAUUCAGUUACUGACCGUAUUAAUCAGAUGAAAUUACUAGUAAGUUGAGUGCUUUGUCCUUGUUUCCCUUUAGUUUUUUGAAGGUUUUGUGGACCAAAAUCCGAUAUUUUUGAGCAAAAGUGUAGCGCUUAAGUUUGUGUGAAUGGUUUCUUACAGGCCAGCGGAGACAUGAAGGAGUUGUUUCUGAUUAAACCAACAACGUUUCAGAUCUUUCGUACGUUUGUUUAACAGCUGUGUUGAGCGGUCCAAGUUUUCCAUGCUCAGUUUGUCGUUUGUACUUGGUGGAGCAGAAGAGAUCAACCCUUUGGUUUGACCUUCUAGCACGGAUGUUUUUUCUGUGAAGAAGAAUGUUAAUUCCCAUGAGAACGUGUAGAACAGCAACACCGUGUUUUAUUUAGCGCAUGUUUAACUGUAAUACUUUAACAAGGUAUGGUCAGACAAAAGAGCACGAGCCGUCAUCAGCGGGUCACGUUUGAGUGGAACGUAGUAGGGUUAAGCCGGGCGGACACUGUGCGACUUUUUCACUCGUAGCGCUCAGCUUCAGCUCAAACUGUACGACUUCCUCGCAGGGCAGAUCUCACGAGUCGUGUGCUCACACUGCACGUCUGGUAGCAACACGUCAGCCCUAAAAAUAUGCUAAAAAUAGCAGUUUUUACUCAACACGUCAGACUUUUUUGUCUUGUCUUGCCUGUUGUCUUUCGGGAGUGCUGCAGGGGGACACACAAGGAUUUAUGGGGGUUGGAUGAGGAAAACGAAAUAAAGAAAGUAAAUCUGUAUUUUUUAUGAUCAGUUUAAUUUGACAUGAACACGACAAACACGCUUUCUUGACAAUCUUUGUGAUUAAAAAAAGUGUAGAAACAAAAACGAACAACGUGUGUCAUUAGGGAAAUAGCGGGGAGCGGCGUUGAUUCAGGAUUGCGCAUGCGCCGUGAGCGGUUCUGGUACUUUUUGGGUCGCAGCGCCGCUUCAACAGUGUGAUACCCUCACGAGGGACGAGCGAAAUAUUAAACACGCCAGAAGUCCGUGCGACCUCACGACUGCUGAUCGGCAGCUGGUCACGUGGUGUUAAUCGCCUCUCGUAGCCCCUGUACACUACACGACCGCUCGGCGCAAAACUCGCCCCGAUGUUGUGGAUUCUCGCACGAGUGGAAAAUCGGCUCAAAAAAGUGAAAAAGUUGCACAGUGUACGCCCGGCUUUAGGGUUUGACUCCCACCUAAAAUUUUUGUUUUUAAAAUGAGAUGUUUAAUGUUGGUAUAAAUAAGUAUUAUUUCAUUACUAUAAUAAUUACAAGAGUAAUAAAACAAAUAGUCAUGUCUUUCCACCUGUAGAUGCUCCAUCAGAAGGGCUAGACAUGUCUGAUGAAGGUACUCAUCAUAAUACCUGGAAUCUUUAAUAAUCUACUAACAAUAACUCAUUACAAGGAUUAUGAAAGUACUCUUAAAAUCACAGUUUUAGUCAAAAUAAACUUUUAAUGUCUGACGCAAAUAAUAAUGUUUGGAAAAUAACUUAAUUAAAUUGGUUUCUGCCACCUGUAGUACUUAGAUCAUCCACCAGAGGGCAGAAUAUGCAUCAGAAAUGUACUAAUCCUACUGAAGGGUUAGAGCUAUGAAGCCUAAAUGUCACCUAACGUAGCAAACAUGAGGCACUACAGGGUUAAGGCUGGGGUGGGUUACGGUUGCUGGAAGGCGCUGAAAGCUCGACCAGGGAAAGUCAGUUCAGCCAAAAUGACUCAACUUUUCUCCAAGUAGAAGUCAGUCGAGGAAUCUGUAACUUUGACACUUGUUUUGGUUGCUCCCUCGCAAACCUUCGGCUUCCUUUUCUUCUUCGUUGGUGUGCUCAGCGGACUGAGGUGCGUCAUCCAUCGAUUGACAGCUCCGUCUUGUGGAUACAACACUCUAACCCCGGCUUUCCACCGGAGCCGUCAGCAGCACGUUACUGCAGCAGCACGUCAUAGCUGCUGAUAGGAACCGCUGUGGUCAACAGAACCUUUUCCACCGGAGCCGUCAGCAGCGCGAGUCGGCCGCGUCUCAGGAGCAGCAUGUCGCGGCCUUUACGCGCCGGUUCUAUUUUCUACGCGCGACGCCUCUGAAACGGGUCAAGUUCGACAUUUUUGGGGAAGGAAAGACAGGAAAUCGGACGCGGAAAUGGAGAGAAGCUCCCGAGAUUUUCAGAAUAAAGAACGUACUGCCUUCCGGGUGCUUUACUUUUAAAAAACGUUAGUAACUGUGCGGCCCCGUGAGAAGUCAUCACCUAGCUAGCGGUCUCCUUUGUUUUUCAGGUCCGUAUUGACGAUUAUAAAACGGACAGAACAUAAAACACAAACCAUGUUGUAGUUUUCUCCUGCUUGUUGUUGCGUUUACUGACGAAGUCGCUCGUGUGACUUCGUGCUCUGUCGGUGACAGCUGCUCCCCUGCUGCUUCGCGUCUCGUGGGAAGGGCCAAGCAGCAGCUUACGCGAGCAAGACGUGCUGCUGACGGCUCCCGUGGAAACCCGGGGUAAGAUGACGUAAAUCCGUUUUUCUGUAGAGGCCGGGGGAGGGACUUGGAGCAACUAGAAAUGAUGAAAGAUGACCUACUUUAUACCACAGAACAGGCUCAGGGGGUCAAAUUUAAACAUUUAAACAAUGUACCAAAAUAAAUAAGUUGCAAUAAAAAAACACUUUAUAAAAAUAGUUUGUUGGGUAAUUUUAUCAAUCCAGGAUUACCUUAGGGAAAGGAUUUUACCACACGCUGUAAACAGAGGGAUUGUGUUGUAACAAACAUCUUGGCAGUGAAGAAAACCCACCUACUACCAAAAAGCCGCCUAGCUCCACCUAACCAUCUCACUACAGCCGAGGCUCCUCCGUCUCCCUCAGGGAACAUCUCAUCUGAGACGAUCCUUUCGUAGGACUUCUUCUGCAGAGCUCCUGGAGGACAAGGAGCUUUAA